AUGCCGAUUCAGAAGGUGCAUGCGCGCCAGAUCUUCGAUUCCCGUGGCAACCCAACCAUAGAGGUGGAGGUGACCACCGAGGCCGGCACCUUUCGCGCGGCUGUGCCCAGCGGAGCCUCCACCGGCGAGAAUGAGGCCUGUGAGCUUCGCGACGGGGGCAAGGACUACAUGGGCAAAGGCGUCUCCAAGGCGGUGGACAACGUGAAGUCGAAGAUCGCACCCGCGCUUCUUGGAAAGGACCCAACGGAUCAGCAGGGCAUCGACAAGAUCAUGAUCGACCUGGACGGCACAGAGAACAAGACCAACCUCGGAGCGAACGCCAUCCUGGGUGUCUCGAUGGCCUGCUGCCGGGCCGGUGCUGCACAGAAGGGCCUGCCGCUCUACAAGCACAUCAACGAGAUCGCCGGGAAGCCUCUGAUGUGCAUGCCCGUGCCGUGCUUCAACGUGAUCAACGGGGGUGUUCAUGCCGGCAACUUCCUGGCCUUCCAGGAGUUCUUCCUCAUCCCGGUGGGCGCCGAGACUUUUGCCGAGGCCAUGAAGCUGGGCUCAGAGACCUACCACAACCUGAAAGGAAUCAUCAAGAAGAAGUAUGGGCUGGACUCCACCGCGGUGGGCGACGAGGGGGGCUUCGCCCCGGCCGUGGCCGACCCGGAAGAGGGCCUCAAGCUCCUCUUGGAAGCGAUCCGCCAGGCGGGCCAUGAAGGCAGGAUCCUGAUAGGCUCGGACCCGGCCUCCUCGGAGUUCUGGAAGGGUGCCGAGCAGAAGUACGACAUGGACUUCAAGAGCACCAGCCCGAAGCCGGAGAGCAUGAAGACCAGGGAGGAGAUGGUGGCCACCUACAAGCGCUUCUGCGACACCUACCCCAUCGCGCUGCUGGAGGACCCCUUUGCCGAGGAGGACUUCGAAGGCCACGCGCAGCUCACGGCGCUCGUGGGCGACAAGGUGGAGAUUGUUGGAGACGACAUCUACUGCACCAAUGUCAAGCGUGUGCAGAUGGGCCUGGACAAGAAGGCCACCAAUGCCAUGCUCCUCAAGGUCAACCAGAUUGGCAGUGUCUGGGAGUCGAUCGCCGCAUGGAAGCUCUGCCGGGAGAACCAGUGGGGAGUCUUUGUGUCGCACCGCUCGGGCGAGACCGAGGACACCUUCAUUGCUGACCUCACCGUGGGACUCGGCACUGGCCACCUGAAGACCGGCGCGCCCUGCAGGAGCGAGCGCCUUGCGAAGUACAACCAGCUGCUGCGCAUCGAGGAGGAGUCGUCCCUGCCAUACUGCGGGGGCCACUUCCGGGCCCCCUGGGCCAUGCCCGCCUAG